ACUACGAUACGUGGAUUUCGCUUAAUUACUCGUCUUUCUCGUGAUCCUGCUGGUCGCCGCCGCCCGCCGUCCGGCCGCUCCGUCGCCAUCGUUCGCCGGCUCUAUCAGCCCCGGAUUCACCCGCUGCUUCCGGUCUCAUCACCGCCGCUUCCCCUUGCCGAGCCCCUAGGGUUUUCUCCGCGUCAGGCCGCCUCAGCUCCUCCCCUUGCCCCCCCCCCCCCCCCCCCCCCCCCCGACCCUAGGGUUUGCUCCGAGUCGAAUCCCGGCACUCAGACGCGGAACGCCGCGAUGCAGAGGUACGGGCUGCAGCUCCGCACGAAGCCGGGGGCGUCCUCGUCGUCGCGGGGGCCCCCGCCGCCGCCGGCCCGCCCGCUGCCGGCCUUCGCCGAUGACGGCGACGACGACGACGUGGAGGCCGACAUCCUCCGCCAGUCCUACAAGAAGCGAGCCCAGAAGAAGGUGGAAGAGCAGCAGAAGAAGGCCAUGGAAGAGGAUCCCUCGGUGUUCGCUUAUGACGAGGUUUAUGACGAAAUGAAGGAGAAGGCCGCCCGCCCCAAGAUGCAGGACAGGGUCGUUCGUGAGUCAAAAUACAUUGCUGCACUUAAGGAGAAAGCCGAACAGCGUAAACGAGAGCAGGACAUAAUUUAUGAGAGGAAGCUUCAAAAAGAAAGGAGUAAGGAAGAUCACCUGUAUGGUGACAAGGAUAAAUUUGUUACAUCUGCCUACCGGAAGAAACUGGAGGAGGAGCGGAAAUGGCUGGAGGAAGAGAAGCAGCGCCAGCUUCAAGAAGAAAAGGAAGAUGUUACUAAGAAGAAAGACUUGAGCGAUUUUUACUUUGGACUUCAGAACAAUGUUGCUUUCGGUGCACAGACACAUGACAAUACAAAACAUGCUAAACCUGAAAAGGUGGACAAUAAAGAACAAGUUAAAAUUAGCAAGGUCGGUGCUGAAGCAUCUGAUCGCUCUCCUAAGCGCAAAAGGGACUCCAGUGCAGGAACAGAGAUGGCCAAUGAAAGUAGAACUGUGGAAGAACCUGCUGCAACUCAAUCAAGGGAUUCAGCUGCUGCUAGAUCUACCGAGCAAAGUGCAGAUGUUUCCUUGGAUGCUUCUCAGACACAGACACCACAAAACACUCAACCAGCUCCUCAGACUGAGUCCCCACAGAAUUCUCAACCAGCACAGAUCACAGAUGAACACUAUAAGAGAAAUGCUGAUGCACUUGCUGCUGCCAGAGAAAGAGCUCUGGCGCGGAAGAGAGCGAAAGCGCAGCAGAUAUGAAGAGGCAGAAAUGCUCACCAAGCUAUAGAGGGUUUUACUGUUCCAGCCUUUCCAGCAUACCCUUUGGUUUGAUAUGCAUGAUGCUCUACGCCUCUACCUUACCUGAUCAAGAUGUGCAUUCAACCAUUCAACAUUAGAAUGUCCCAUUCUGCUUUGUUGAGCAUUUGUGCUGCUGGAAGUUGGGAAAUAACUUGGCAAUGUGAAAUGAUGGUUGCGUUUGUGCUCAUUGAUGUAUACCGUUGUACUUUUGUAACUAAAAUGAGUGAAUGCAAUAUGAUUUCUGUUAUGGCACAAAUUUGUACUAGUUACAUUGCGGUCCAUGGUAAAUGGGAUUACUUUUAUCUUGUUCUGACUUAUGCAACCUCCGCAAUGACAUUUUUCAGUACUAGUUACAUUC